UAGUGUGUUCGGUUAACAUUGUGGUUAACAUGCCAGUAGUUUCGUGAUAUCAAGGACUGAAAAUAAUAUCAAUGUGUGGCGACGAUGCAUCGCUUUAACGGACUGCGUAUAUUUGGUUAUUUACGGUAAUGGUUUGACUUAGCCGACAGAGCUUGGACAGAGCUGGAAGAAGAUAAAAAUGAUCCCAAGCUAGUCCAGGCGCGAAAGGAAUAGGGUUUGUUUAACCAUGCUGAAUCGCCGUGAAACCAUCCUCGCACGUAGCUCAUGUUCGUUGCAGCGGCAAUGCAAAUAGUGUUUAACACGUGGUCAGAUUCCGUAUGGCGUAACAAUUUUUUUUCGAGGAUUCCUGAAUCGUGAAACGGUGGCACACGCAAGGAUCUCAAAGUGACAGUAGUCUUCGAAGGGGUUGCCUAGCCUAAGCUAGGUUUUAGCUUUUGUAUGUAUUUUUCUAGGCUAACGUUACGUUUUUCUUAAACCCAUAUACCUUAUGGUUCUAAGGGUGAAGAGUCUGCGCCCUUGGCCAAAUUUGAUGAAUCAAGGAUUUGCAUUUUCUCAGUUGUUGUGAGACGGACAGUGGAAAUCUGGAUGCGCAGUUCUGCCGAGAGGGACCAGGCGAGUAAAUACACUACGUCAGGAUAAAAUGACGAUGUCUGUCCCGGAGAGGAUUUCUGGGUCCGGGGGCAACAAGGAGGAGGAGAGCGAGGAUGAGAGUGAAAUCCUGGAGGAAAGCCCCUGUGGACGCUGGCAGAAGCGAAAGGAGCAGCUCAGCCAAGGAAAUGUGCCUGGGAUUGAGAGCGCCUCCCUGGCCAUGGACACGGAGGAGGGGGUGGAGGUGGUGUGGAACGAGGUCCAGUUCUCCGAUAAGAAGGUCUUCAAGUCUCACGAGGACAGGAUCAGGGAGAUGUUUGAGAACCUGAUGCAGGUGGAGCAUCCCAACAUUGUCAAGUUCCACAAAUACUGGCUGGACAUGAGGGAGAGUCGGGCACGGGUGAUCUUUAUCACAGAGUACAUGUCCUCAGGAAGCCUUAAACAAUUUUUGAAGAAAACCAAGAAAAACCACAAGACUAUGAAUGUGAAGGCCUGGAAGCGGUGGUGUACGCAGAUCCUCUCAGCAUUGAGUUAUUUGCACUCAUGUGAUCCGCCGAUUGUCCAUGGCAACUUGACUUGUGAUACCAUUUUCAUACAACAUAACGGACUCAUAAAAAUCGGUUCAGUUUGGCACAGGCUGUUUGUCAAUGUGUUCCCAGAGGCGAUCCACGGGAACGUGCACCAGCAUCGAGACGAGCAGAGGAACCAGCACUUCUUUGCUCCCGAGUAUGGCCUUUCUGUGGAUGACUACUCCAUUGACAUAUACUCCUUUGGCAUAUGUGCCUUGGAGAUGGCCGUCUUGGAAAUUCAAGCCAAUGGGGACACUGCUGUGUCUAAAGAAGCCAUAGCUUAUGCUGGGGAGUCCUUGGAAGACCCUCUCAUGAGGGAGUUUAGUCAGUCUUGUGUGCAUGCUGAUCCUAAGAUGAGGCCUACUGCCCAUGACCUGCUGUUCCACAGGGUUCUGUUUGAAGUGCACUCCCUAAAACUGCUUGCAGCCCACUGCUUUAUUAACAAUCAAUACCUGCUUCCAGAGAACUGUGUGGAGGAAAAAACUAAAUCGUAUGAUCCAAAUGGUAUAAUGGCAGAAAUUUAUCAUGUUGAUCGCCCAGGAGUCCAGCUAAAGUACUCCCAUGUUUCCCCUCUGGAGCUCGACAAAUUCUUAGAGGAUGUCAAAAAUGGGAUCUAUCCUUUGAUGAACUUCGCGUCCCAGAGACCGCACCCCAUCCCCCGUGCCCUCUCCCUGUCUCAGGAGCACAUGGAGACGGUGAAGACACCCACCCCGGAACCCCAGGAGACCGAAACUAGAAAGGUCGUUCAGAUGCACUGUAAUUUGGAAGCCAAUGAGGAGGGAACCAGAAGUCAUCUCUCUCUCUUUUUGAAGAUGGAUGACAAACUUCAUCGCCAGCUCAGUUGUGAUGUUCUUCCCACGGACAGUCCAAAGGAUUUGGCCAGCGAGCUUGUUCAUCACGCAUUCAUUUGUGAGGAGGACUGUGAGAAGCUGGCCGGCUUCCUGGAGGAGGCGCUGGGUAAACACUGGGAUGGCUCCUCUGCUGCUGCGCCAGUGGUGGCCCUGAUCCACUGAGACACACUCAGCUGUCAGCGUGGGACCAUGGACAUGUAGUUUAUGGAAAAGAGAGGGAGGUGGAGAGAGCGAGAGAGAGAACGAGGGGACUGGACUAUGUAUCAUUGCUGCAUAAGGAGGAGACUGGGCAAGUCUCACAAAUCAUGCACAGACAGCAAAGGCAUUCCAAAGAGGUCUUACCGGAAGCCUCAGGAAACUCUAACUGGCAGAGGACUACAUGAGGGAGGACUGAGGACUGAGCAGCUAUCUCACCAUGCCACAGAGGCAAUAUUCCAUGUGACUCCAUACAUUUUGUUUUUUGUUUUUGUAAAUGUUCACUGUCCCUUUUUUUCUUUUUUUUUGUGUUGUUUUUAUGGGUUUCAUGUGUUUAUGAAAACCGUCCAACCCUUUCUGAAUUCUCAUCUUUGGUUGCAUCCAUUUUAUCAUCCAGAUGACCAAAGACAGGGAAACCGCUCUGCUCCAAAGACAAGUCAGAAGGCACGUGAUGUCAGAGCAUCAGGAAGGCACCGCAAAAACGCUUAAGGUCCAAUAAUAUGAAUGCUCCCUAGUCCCAGCAGAGCAUCUCUUUUUGCCAUCUUAAAAUGUCUGUUCUAUUGACAAGACUGAUUUGAAUCUAUAUCAUUACUCGUAUUAAACAUGUUUGUUCUUAAUGCAUUAUGUUUAAGGCUGGAUGGUUCUCAGCUCUCAACACUUUUGUCAUCCUGCCACUGUUUUAGCAUCUCUCUUUGUGUACUUGUCUUGGUCAGGAAUUCUGUGGCAGUGCUGUCCUGUACACAUGUCCUAUCUCCCCUCUAAACCUGAAUUAGACACUUAGCGUUAAAAUGCAGAUUGUCGUCCCUGUGUGUAAUUAGAUAAUAUAAUGCACUAAGUGCCUCAGUUAGACAGGAAUGUGUCAAAUCUGUAUUUGCCAACCUUGCUGGCUCCUGGGUACAGCACAUAAUUUUCCAGUUUCCAGAUAUAUACAGUGAACAGUUUCCCCAACAGGUGUCCAUUACUGAGGGGUAAAGAUACUUUGUAGGUUUGUCUCUUCAUUGGUACUUUUCUUGGAAUCAUCAUACAUCUCAUCCAUACACUGAAAUUUAAAAGUUACGGUCAAUUACCAAUACAAAUAGACAGACAAUGUAAUGUACAAAGCUUGAAAAUGCAAGGAAACAAAAAUGGAUCACUCAUCUGUGUUUUAAGUCACAAUGUUAACCCCACUCCGUUUUGCGUGUGAGUGAGUGAGUGAGUGUGUGAGUGUGUGAGUGUGUGAGUGUGUGAGUGUGUGAGUGUGUGAGUGUGUGAGUGUGUGAGUGUGUGAGUGUGUGUAAAUGACAUCUCCAGUAGGCUACACAGCAUAACUACGUUCUAUUUUGUUAGCACACAAAUUGACCCAGUUUACACUACACUGACUGGUGCGUCUACAUUAUGAAAGUAUUUCAUAAACUUUCCUGAAAUACUGUAAUACAUCUACAUCAUUCACACAACCUUUGCUGCAGAAAGCCUUCAAGGGGGUGAUUUCCUGAAUCACUCUGUAGGCCUAGAGGUAUACAGUAUUUAAUGCAACUUGAAUACAAUAAUCUUUGUUUUUUUUGUUUUUUGUUUUCAGUUUCAGUGUCUCUGUACCAGUAUCAGUGAGACUGCAUGUUGAAUGAUGACUGCUAUAACACUUAUUUAAGACAUAAGUUGGCAUGGUGUGCAUGACAUCUUUCAGCUCAUUUUCAAGUAACAUCUUGUUUAGAAGUCAACUAAAGCUGGGUUUAUUUUUGAACGCAUUCAGCAGAGUAUUAUUUGGUAAAUGUGUGUAUCUCGCUAAGGCCGAAUCAUGAAAAUAAACUACAGUAAACGGGCAACUUGAAUGUGAAUAAUAACAGCAAUAGCCUUGAAUUCACAUGUGAUUGCCUCCAUGUCUACUCUGUUCUGUCAAUAUCAAAAUGCCUGUAUGAAUGAAGCUGCCUAAGCUGUUAUAUAUUAAGAAAUGUGAACAAAACAUAAAAAACUGGCUGUGUGGAAGCCUUUUUCAUUACCAAUUGUGAAAAGGUUCUGUUAUUACUAAUAAAAAAGAAAAAAUAAAUA